AUUAAUUGAUUAAAUCAUUUAAAUGAAAAAUAAACCCUAACAGCCUAACUCGUUCAUUUCUUUCCUUCCUCCACACUAGCCGUCACUCCGUCUUCCUUACUCUCCUUCUCAAGUUUUCAUUUCUUUCAUUUCUCCUUCUCAAUCUUCCACACAACGCUGCGUCUCUCUCUCCCCUCCAUUGGUGCCUACUCUGAGUUCUCCAUUGAAGCGCCUUCUGAGCUCUCUCUCCUCCAUUUAAGCGGCUUCUGAGAGGAUAAGUUUGUAGCUUGGAAAAGGAGGUUGAUGAACGGUUUGCUUCCUGAAGUUUGGAAGAUGGUUCUUUAGAAAUUUUGGUGUUACAUUUAGAAAGAAAGAAACCUACAGAAAAAUGAGUGUAAAGCUUGCUGUCGUCAAGAUCUCAAGCUCCUUUGCUUAUGGCUUCAGUCAAGUCUUAAGUUUUUUGUGGCACUUAACUUUUCUUAACCAAAUCAAUGAAUGUUCUAUUGUUGAGAUGUCAAAUUCAGUUACUUUAUAUGUAACAAGGCUAGGAAGUAGGAAAUGUGGAAAAACAUAAGGUUACUUUCAAGGGGAUAAAGCUUGAGGAUAUUGUGAGUUUAGUAAGAUGUACGCCUUCACUUACGCUUCUAAUCCAAAUCUAAACAAGUAUAUUGUCUUUUCCCUUCAAUACAACUUUUUAUAAUGCAUCUUAAAUUAAUUUUAUAACAAACCAUUAUAUUACAAAAAAUAAUUAAAAUUGAUGACUUUAGACAAGCAGUCCCGAAAUGGCCCUGUAGGCCCGACUGGGAUGGGUUUGGGCAGCAAUAUUCUGGCCCGAUUCCCGGCCCGGCCCGACAAUUUGGGCAGAAAAAAUCAGCAGCCCGGCCGACGUUUGAUCAGGUCUACCUUCAAUUCAACUUGUUUAUUCAAGCAGUCAUCUUGUUAGUAUUGCUGGGAUGUGGAUGGUAAAGAUUCAUUGAAUUUGGAUGGAAUUCGAAGAGGAAACAAAGCUUUCAAUGAGGUUCUUGCUUUUCUAUGUGCGUGCUAGUCUAUUAUACUUGGCAUUUUAGUUCAAUGCUCGAAGCUCAAGACUUCCAUCACCUCUUUACCGUAAUACUUCAUAUCGACUACUUUGUAAACACUAAUCUCUUUUCUAGUGUAGUUUUCAACCUUUUGAGGGUCUAUGAAGUAAUAUAGAACAGAUUCUGCUAGUAGUAUCGAUAUUUCCCAAGAUAGAGGUCAUAGGAUACAUUAUCCUUUUGAGUGUCUGUGAGCAAGUUAUUUGGAUUGGUUAAAAUUCAUUCUUGGAUUCUUGUUUGUCUAAAUUUGUUGGUGAUGGCACUUGGGUUUUGUUCAGGCUAGCUGAGAAGUUGCCAUAGUAAUUAAUGAGAUAGUGCCCCCCCCUCCCCCCCCUCUCGGAUUUUACUUGUUUGGCUAAGGUUUUGUCUCAAAUUUUUUUUGAGUUUGCUACACUACAUGUUUUUCCAGUCAGUCUGUUGAAACUCUGUUUAAACAUAUCAGAUUGCUCUGUUUAAAUUUUGUCCGUCUCAACAUUUCAACUUCUGUGUUCUGUAAUCAUUCUUGUAAUUGCAGUAGGAGCUACUGAACACCGGGAUUUUGACAAUCAUAUACCUCAUAUAAUCAUAGAUUGUUGGUUGGGGCUGAUGCUUUAUACCUUGACCUAUAGUUGGAUCCUCAUAAAUUUGAUGAUCUGUAAUGGCUAAUGAGUUUCCUGUAGCUUUACAUGAAAUUUACCUACCCUCUCUAGAUGUUAAAGAAUGGUAACUAGUGAUUGAAAACUAGAUGGUAGUGAGAUUUGAAGAAAAAAGAGCUCAAAAAAGAGCUAUUUUAGCUCUAAAGAAGUCAAAGCUAUAGAAUAGAUCUGCAUUUCAUGCUCCACCAUAAAGGUUGAUUUUGAGUUCAAUUUGCAAGACAAUAAUGUUUGUUUUUUUCAUUCAUUUGGCAGUGAAUUGAAGCAUGCUCUGAUUCUCUCCAGUACCUAAGCAUAAUAAUGUUGACCAGAAUGCUGUGUUGUGAACGUAUAGCCUACCCUUCUGCAAUGCUUCAGCUGGUUCGUAAUGCCUGUACAAAUUUGUUUGUUGGAGGGCUUUCUUAUGAUACGAAUGAAACUGUAUUACAAGAUGCUUUCAAGCAGCAUGGUGAAAUUAUUGAAGUCAGAGUUAUUUGUCACCAUGUCACUGGAAAAUCAAGAGGAUUUGGAUUUGUGAAGUGUACUUCUGAAGAUGGUGCUGCAUCAGCUCUUAAGGAAAUGGAUGGUCAGGUAUUGGAUGGGAGGAAUAUCCGUGUUCAUCAGGCUCACAAGCAAUGAUCAUGAUUUUCUUCAAUAUAUGUAGCUGAAUCAUUGUUGCCUGUGCAAAUGAGUAUAUAUUGAGCUCUGCUCUAUCGAUGAAAUUUUCCAUGGAAAUAUCUGAAACUUUGGAAGCAGCCCUGUGAGUCCAUUUGUUGAUCUCAAGCCCUUGAAAAAGCAAGAUCAUGCAAUUACUUCUCCUUGGAUUAGUAAUGUAGCUGCAGCAAGUAGUUUUGUUUUUUUCUUUGUUGUGAUGAUAAGCUGUCGGAUCAUGGGACAAAGGGAGCAAGGGUAAAAGAUCCUUGGUGUUCUCAAUCUCCUUUCAGCAGGGAUAAAAUUGUGAAAGAUGUUGAUCUUCCCAUUUGAAUAUUUGAUAACUGUGAUAAUUAUUUUUAUUUUCCUGAAGUUGUAACUUUUGUAAAAUUUUGUUCAUGCAUAAAGGCAGUUGUUAUUGAUACUUGAUACAUUGACAUUUUCCGAUUACAUCUAUUUGUGUAUUUUGAUCAAUGGAGCGGGCAGAUGCCUAUUCUAGUAA